CAUAUAUACUUACACCACCAUCUCAUUAGCAUAUGAGAUAUCUGCAGCUCUCCAUUAGAUGUCCUCACUAUCAUCAAUCACCCCAUCAGACCUUAGCAGCCUCCACUUUUACCUUCUAAAGAGAUAACCAACAUGUGACUGAUCUUGUUUACAUAUUUUCCUGACCUUGGAUCCAUAUUUUCCUCUCACAUUUAUCACCAUGAAGUCAUCCGAAACCAGUGACUCAUUCCUCUAUUAACUCUUUACCUCCGUGAGCUAAUAAUCUUUGAUUCCAUAAACGUAUGAGUUCAGUACCCCAUAUUAAACCAAACUUAUCAUAAGUUUAUUUGUGCUUCUUUUAUCUGCAGAGACUCCACCUAAAGCUUGAAUCAUUAAAACUUCCAUAUUUUUCUCAAACUUAGCUCCACCUUGAGAGACAAUCAUCACUGUCUCAUUUUACAAUCAUGGCAUGUUGCUAUAUUAGGUGUCCUAGACCUCAUGACACACAUUCCUUAUUAUUUCAGCCACUGCAACAAUUCCCUUAUAUAGGUGAAGAUCCACCAAAACGCUUCCCUUUGCUUUCUUGUGCUACUCGGUUGAACCGGCUUUGAUUGCUACGAUCAUUCCCCCUUUGAAUGUAUGCACCAUUUUUCCUUCACAUCAUGCUAUAUAUUGAGCUUCCAUAUUUGAUCAACCUGUAAGCGUUUUUGUCUUGUCUCAUACUAACACAAUGUGUGAUGCUGGUAAUCCUGGAGACCCUGCAGAAGCUACUACAUUUCUGACCCGCACUGCUCCACCAAUCUCUGGUGUACAUGCAAGUUUGCCUUUCUCAGACUUUACUGAAGUUCUCUGUCCAUUAGCUCUUUGCUUGUAACUAUUAAAAGAAUGAAAGACUACUAAAAGAAAUUUAGUAUACAACUUUGUUGGUAAAAAUAUGCUAAGUAACACUAUUGACCCAAAAUGUUCAUGAAAAUUAAAAAUGUAAUUUUCUCAAAAAAAAAAAAUUGCUGAAAAUGUCAAAAACUUGCAAAAAGGUUUAAAAAAAAAAGAGAAGAAAAAUAUAUAUUUGGGAAUGGUGAGACUCUGAAAAAAAAACACUGAGUGAAGAUUCUGAACAAAAGAUAAUGUGCAAUUAAUAAAAAGAAAAAAAAUAAACUCGGUUUGGGAAUGACGAAGAGGAACAUGAAGUAGAAGAAGAUAUGGCCAAAGUAUGAUGUACUGUUUUCAUGGGUUUGCGAGUUAUACUUUACAAAAAAAAAUUACUCAGAGCUAGGCGGGCAAAGAAGAACGGAUUUGCCCGCUUUCUAAACCGAUACAUACAUACUGUCAAUCUCGUUUGGAAAACGACAAGACAACAUGUGAUCAUAUCGCACGAUUCUCUCGUAUAGCUUGUAGAAGACUAAAAUAUAACUUGUAAUACUUUGAACUGACACAGUAGCUGAAAUAGCAAAAUACUAUAAUCUAUUAAGUAUUAACUAAACAUAUCAGGCAGGACAUGUGGCUUGUGGCAUGUGGGUAGACAGAGACACACUUAAACAAUAUGUAUUACAGACUUACGUGUUUGUGGAACCAAAGACAAUUAGUUUCAUCGUUUGAAGAUCUUCGAGUGCUAUUCUAUGGCGAUCUCUCUCGUUCAUCCUAUGUUUCUUCUGAUCCUAUCACUUUUCUUCUUACCUACUUUGUUGGCCAUCCCUUUCGACGACUGCGGCUUUGAAAGUUAUCCAAUCAAAGUCACUGGUGUGGAGCUUUUUGAGGAGCAGUACAAAGCAAGCUUUAACAUAACCGUUUCCACAAAUAAAGUAAUCACUGGAGGAAUCGUGCAUUUGCAAGUCCAAUAUGGCUACAAGACUAUCAUGGACCACACAUACAAGCUCAGUGAACUGAUCACUUGUCCUGUUCACCUGGUGCUGUUGUGCUUUCUUUUCGCAAACAAUUUCCUUACGCAAAAGAAUUGAUGACGCCCAUGAUUUACUUAAACCUUAUUGAGGAGCCUCAUGAAGACGAAAUUAUGUGUCUCGUCUUCUGCUACGAUACUUCAAGUAGCGGUGUGGUUUUUGCUUAGUCAAGUUCCGGCCGGGGAAAAAAUGUGUGUUCUCAAUUCUCUACAUGACUCUGAAUUCUUACUACUAGCUAGUACAGAACCAGCAUUCUCUAUGUUGUUAUCCAAGAAAUAAGAAAGGGUGUAUAUACCCUUAACUGAUUUUCAAAACUUUCAACUUUGGUCUAGUUUAAUUUCGUUGAUAGAUGUAAAUUAACCCUCGUAAUCUUCUCUAUUAAAAGAUAAGUACCAUUUUUAUCUACCAUAAAAAAGUCAAACUAGUCUUAUUAGAU